AUGGGUAUGGAGGAUGCCCUGGAGCUCUUCGUCAGCUACCUUCAGCCGCUCUUGCCGGACUGGCUGGUGCGCUUUCUGGUGCGCAUCGUCCUUGGCCAUGCACUGAGGCAGCUCUGGAGGCUGCGCUGGCCGCAGAAAGAGCUUCGCCUCGUCUCGAGGGUGAAGCAGUUGGCCUCUGAGGAAAUUGCCUUCGAGACGGCGGCAGCAAAUGAACAGCAUUACGAAGUGCCCACUCCCUUUUUCCUUAGCUCUCUCGGCCCACGCCUCAAGUACUCAAGCUGCGAGUGGCCUGGCCCAGAUGCAACACUGGCAGAGGCCGAGACUCACACGCUUGCCAAGUAUGCCGAGUUGCUGGGCGUGGCUGACGGUCAACGUGUGCUCGACAUCGGCUGUGGUUGGGGAAGUUUCAGCCUCUAUGCGGCUGAGCGGUUUCCGAAGACCACGUUCGUGUGCUUCUCCAACUCUAGCACACAGAUCGCCCACAUCACUGGUGAGGCCAGUCGCCGCGGCCUGACGAAUCUCACAGCGCUAAAGAUGGACAUCAAUGCGCUGUCAGCAACAGCUUUGGAGGAGCGGGGUGGGCUCCCUCUCUACGACCGUAUUUUCGCCUGUGAGAGCCUGGAGCACUCGCGCAACUACCAGGCCCUCUUUGCCCGCAUUGCAAAGGUCCUGGCGCCCGAUGGCCGCUUUUUUGUGCAAAUCCUGGGCCACAGGGAGAGUGUGAGAAAAUCCUUGCUGAUGGGAAAUCGCUUGCUGUCGGGCGAACGCGGUUCCAGGAGUGGCGCAUGUUUUACCUCAUGUGCUCCGAAGCCUUUGGAUUCCGCGAUGGGCGCGAGUGGAUGGUCGGCUAUUACGUCUUCAAGAGAAG